AUGGAUUCCCCAACUAUCCCCGGUUGGUAUCCUAUCAACGACGAUUCUAGCAGUUCAAGCAACGCUAGGUCAAGCGAGAACCCUUUCCUCAAGGCUAUCCUCAACCCAAUCCCACCGACAAAUGCUCUUUCCAAUAAACGAGGAUAUAAAUCAUUAUCAAAGAAGGGCGGAUACCCCAAGUAUAACUACUCGAAGAACAACAGGGAUAAUUCGAAGUCUCCUGCAAAUGUGCCUGUACUUGCCAAAGCGCUGAGGUCUGAAAUGGGAAAGCCUCUGCCAGUACUCCCAACUGAGGCGAAAAAAACACCCACAAUGGCGCCUCCACAAAAUUCUCCUACAUCGAGCAGCUGUUGUUAUCUCACACCACAACAAGGAUCCAAGCAACUCGUAUACCGUUGUAGACGUCAGCUAUCGUCAUCCACAGGAAGCUCUCUUCGCAGAGAUCCUUCGCCAGGAAGAACUCCCUCAAAUGCACCUGCUACGGAACCAGAGCGACGGAGUAAAAUCGAAUACCAUGUUAACGUGCAAAAAGUUGCACCUACUAUGCUUCAUCUUGGGGUGAUCUCAGCCAACGCUCACUUGACCCUGCCAGCUCCGGAAUUAAACGAACUUCGAAACCAUGCGAAGCGUCAGGCCGAGCAGCUGAAAGUCCUAAGCAAACAUGAAGUCGCAACACUUUCACAGGAGCUAGUUACGAUGGAGGAGUACUGCAAAUAUCUCCAAGACAGAUGCAUCUCUCUAAAAUCAGAUCGCCGCAUUCUCCAAGAGCAGAAAAUCCGAGAUCUCACAUCCGCAACUUGGAUUGGUCCGAAAUGGAAGGGUAGAAUGUUAGAACGCGAGCAGGAAUUAAGGGAUAUUGAUAUUUCCAUUGACAAAUGGACUGGGAUAUUGGAGCAUGCGGUGAAAAAUCGAGUCUCCAUACGCCAUAGGCUGUUGGAACAUAUUGCUGCGAUACUAGCCGUCGAGUCGCCAACUGUGUUGCCUUCGCAAUACCUACAAUUUAGUACGAAUACCAUCCCGGGUUCCUCAGAAAUGUCCCAGCAGAGGAUUCAAUCUAUCCCGAUUUUUGCCGAUUCGGCUCUUUUUACAGCAGCGGGUUAUGGCAGUGGGAUGCAGGACAAGGACAAACGGCCACUCCCACUAUCCUCAGGCACUCCUUUGAUGUCGCGUGCACAAUCCAACAACGAGGUUGAGCUGACAGAAUGGGUGACCGAGGUCAAGGAGGAUUCCAGGCUACCAAGGGUCUCACAAGGGGGAAAGCGUGUCCAGAAAAGCGAGUAUGCUCGCUUAAACGAUCUUUGGGCACCGUUUUGUCUGCGUCGGCAAGGCCUGCUUCUUUUUCUCGCUACCUUCGUCACUCUUUUGGCCGCGUUGGUUGGCACAUAUAUCGCAUCAGACGUUCACAAUGGCCUUGGAUCAGUGAAUGAGAAGAACUACUACCUCUGGACGUACGGGCCAACAGCAGUUUUCAUGAUUGUGGGAGCUUUUUGGGCCCGGGUCCAGUAUCGAAUUUCGCAGUUGAUGCCAUGGAUACUAAUGCUCAAGGGCCCGCAGACAGGAACAAAUAGUGUCCUAUUGGAUUAUGCAUCUGACUGGUUCAUUGUAUCCUUGUAUAUAUCUAUUAAGAACAAGCACUACCUUGUCAGCCUGGCUGUUCUAGGUACCCUCCUACUUACUGGUACAACCAUUUUUUCAACAGGUUUGCUGGCGUAUGAGAAUAUUCAUUAUACCGAACCUGCUCAAAUGCAUAUUACACAGAGCUUUAAUGGUUCUCAUUAUGACCCUUCACUGGUCGAUGGCCGCCCCUUCGAGCUCUACUUGGGAAAUAUGAACUUCAACGCCAGUACACCGCUGGGGCUGAAUGGCAACAAUAUAUUUCCUUCGUUCUAUGAAGCUGGCGAAGGCAGUAGUGUAUACCCAGUCGGGGAUCAGUACCAGGCAAUGAUGGAUGUUUUUACCAUGGAUACCGGGUGUGAAGAUGCGUCAUUUACGACCAAAAGCCAACAAAUAGAACAGGGUGAUAAUAUCACUACGGUAGUUGUGUCUCACCCUCAUCAGAACUGUUCAUUUAGCUUUACCCAAGGGGACCUACAGAGUGCAGUCGCCUACCCAGACAAGGAGUACAUCGUCAUUACUAAUGUGGGGGGCUGUGCAGGGCAGAUACAUCCUAUGACAGGCUCCACGAUUCAAAUAGGCGAUAUUCGCCAGAUUGACUGGCGUCUCUGGACAAUAGUCUUACAUCAAGAUCUCAGUGGGGCGUUCAUUGAUUCCGGUAUACAUGUCAGCAGCUCGGGUGGCAUCGAGUCCAAUGGGACUGGCACAUAUGACAUCAAGGCCAUCGCGUGUACACCAAAGUACACGCUCAACAAGCGGAAGGUGGACAUUUGGCGUGGGCAGAAUACUAGUGUGGUGUACAGCAACAUUCACCACGACGGCGCGGGCGAGAACUACACUAUUCCUGGAGUCUCGGCAGCUGAUAUUCUCUAUGGAGUGUGGAAGUCCCUUUGGGCAAUGGAAAAUCCACCAGAUGGGGGCUUACUCAUACAAUCGAACGGCAAAAAUACCGAAGAAUUUUGGAACACGACUCACCUAAAAAGCCUAAUGGAGCAGGAUAUUUCUGGGGUUGGUGCUGCUUUGGUCCAAGAAUACCUGCUUCAAUCUGAUAACAAAACUGCCCACGGCCUAGUCACCAAUUCAGAGAAACGACUUGUGGUCCAAAGCCUCUCAUUUGGACUGUUGACGAGUAUACUUGUUCUUCUGAUUGCAAUAACGGCCAGUCUUGCCUUGUUCUAUCACCCCAUCUCCGCAUGCCCUCGGGAUGCAGGUUCUCUUGCGGGCCUUGCAACUAUUCUAGCGCGCAGUCCAGAGUUUUCCGCACAACUCAUGGGCAUGGGACCGCUACCAGUUCCUCAGAUACAGGACGCAUUACAGGGACAGCGUUUCCAUACGCAAAUCACACCGGAUGGUAGCUUUUCCAUCACCCCUGAUGAUGAGACGGAAAGACAUGCACCCUCCCCUGUCGAAGUCGAUAUCAGCUGGUGGCGUCCAUUUGCAGUCAGAAUCCCAGCACGUGUUCUGAUAUUCUCGGUGCCUAUUGCAUUUAUCAUUGUUCUCGAGGUGCUUUACCAGCAUUCCCAGAAAUUUGGUGGAAUUGGUCAUGCUGGGGACCAAAACUCAUAUAUCAAAUAUACGUGGUACUAUCUUCCAGCGCUGGCUAUGCUUGGCGUUCGAGUCCUGUAUCAGAUUCUUGAAAAUUGUACAAGGACCUUCCACCCCUACAGCCAACUCUGUGAGAAGGUUGCCCAAGCGGAAUCAAGCGUUUCUGAGGAUUUUAACGGGCAGUUGUCUUUGCAUGUCUUUGCGACGGCCAUCAGAAGACGAUAUUGGGCUCUAGCAGCAGCUUCACUAAGCGUCCUGGUUUCUUUUUCGCUGUCAAUUGCCGUCUCUGGCUUAUAUACUGUUGAUGUAGUCACAUCCACUAUCGAAGCAAAUGCGAUACAGUUAACAAACUGGGCUUGGGCAGACAGUACUAAGAGAGCAUAUUGGGACCGUUUUGAUUACUCGAGCAAGACGCCGGGUCUUAUUAUAGAUAUGGGAUUAUCGUACCCCCAAUGGACGUAUAAGGACCUUGCUUUCCCGAGGAUCGAACUCAACGAGACGUUCCAUCCAAACGGUUCGAUAGACGUCCGGCUACCGGCAGUGCGAGCGGACAUCAACUGUGAAGUGAUGCCCCAAAACCAGUAUAACUGGACCUAUAAUGGGAAUCUGGCUGGACAAUCCGGCUAUAUGGCGUUCAAUUUCAGCGGCCUUGACAACUGCGGGUUCGUAACAAAGGGCCUUGAUGCUCUGAGUCCAAAGCCAGGCGACUAUUUCAGGUAUAUGACGAAUGGAGUCGAAACAAACGCCAGCAUUGUACUUGAUCCCACCAACCGCAACUGUCCGACUCGUCUGAUGGUGUACGGGAAGGCAAGUUCUUCCACAGUGGAGAGCCUAUACAUUCUGCGAUGUCGACCCCGGCUCAAACAGCUUCAAGUAGAAGCCCGUCUUUCGGUUCCAUCGUACAUGUUCGAUGACUCCAAGCCCCCAUCUAUCAUCCCUAACUCGACAACUACUCUUUUAGAAGCUGGAUUUGUAGGCAGGGACGAUUACUCGGGCAAGGAUAACGAGUUUCACGAAGCUAUCCCGCCCAAUUCAGAUUUAUACAAAUACUUUUUCAACGUCCAGACCGAUCAGCCAAGCAGAAACUCUACGCAGAUGGAUAUGGUCACUAACAACACAAUGCGAAUGAAAAAUGUCACUGCCGAAGAUCUUCUUGACGAUCCCAGUUUAUACAUUGAUGGAAUGCAAACGAUCAACGGCAUUGUCACGGCACAAUUACUGAAUCUUGGGGCCCACCUACCGACCAACCAAACGUCAGACAGAAUAUCAUUUCCUGCCCAUUUCAUAGAAAAACAGGAGAAUGUCAUCCAGAGUCCCAUUUCAACUAGAAUCAUCGAAGGAGUUCUAGCAGUAAUGGUUAUCUGUGGUUUAGUUGCUGUUACGUACAUGGAUAAGCGAUGUAUUCUGCCCAAGAAUCCGACGAGUAUCGCCGCAAGCGCUAGUUUGCUUGCUGGUUCAGAACUGGUUGAAAAGUUGAUUCCCCCUGGUUCUGAGUGGUGCGAUGACAGGGAGUUGAAGAAACGGGGCAUAUUCGAUGAUAAUGUGUAUUCCAUGAGAUGGUGGGCUCACGAUGAGGGGAAACGAUAUGGGAUUGAUAUAGUCCGAAAUAAUACACCAAGAGAUGGCACAAUCGUAUGA